CAAACGUAAUUAUGGUUAAAUUACUUAUUAACAUGUUUAGACGUUUUCUUAGAUUAUAAUUUCAGUAUCUAAUUUUGAAAAGCAACAAUUAAUUUAUAAAAUUGAAUUAUUGAAGCAAUUGUAUAACUGACGAUGAGAUAUUUUAUUAGGGCUCACUCUGACAGUUAAUGCAUUUCCGCAACAAUUUGGCAGGGGCAAGUUGAUUCCAAAAUGGUGGCCGUUUGUUGUGCUUUUACGUGAAUUGUGAACGAUUUUUUAAUAAAUGACCUUUGGAGGUUAAUUUGACGAUAUAUUUCCAAUUGGAUUGGAAAAAUGGAUGAAAAAGAGAGUUUGCCAGAGAAACCAAGUGAAGACGUAAGCCAGGGGUCUGGUGACAAUGCGGCAGUUGAAAAACCUGAUGUUGCUGAGGCUGGCGAGGUGUCAGGGAGUGGAGACGCUGGUGCCGACGUCAGUGAAGCGAAAGACUCGACUAGUGAUGUGAAAAUUGACAGUGAUGUAACGAAAAGUGUGACAGAACCAGUUGGUGAAGGUGACAGUGAGUUACAGAACCAUGUAGACCAUGAUGUGACUACUGAGGACAGUAGUAGUGUUAAAAGUGAUAUUGGUGACUGUAAGAAGGAUGUGACAGAUACUACUGAUGCUGAGAGCCAAGAGGAUGUAAAGGAUGAUGCAGACAUAGCUGAUAAAAUAGAAGAAUCACAAGACAGUGAAACAAAUACAGAGGAGGAUAAAUUAAAAGAUGAGUUACCAACAGAAUCAACCUCCCCAGAUGUACCCAGUCAAGAAUCUACCAGUCAAGAUAUUAGCGAGGCGGAAGCCACCCAAGAUAAACCAGAAAACAGCCAAGAAACAACUGAGGUCAGCCAGGAAACAACUGAAGUUAGUCAAGAAACAACGGAAGUCAGCCAGGAAACAACGGAAGUCAGCCAAGAAAGUAGUCAAGAGGCAGCUAUUGACAAUGCUAGUGUAAAAAUUGAUGAAGAUACUGCAAAAGUUGAUGAAAGUACUGUAAAAGUUGAUGAGGGUUCUGAGAAAGCAGAUACCAUAAAAAUUGAUGAUGAUAAUGACAAAGUUGAGGUUUUAGACAAGGAACAAAAGUUAGAAAAGAUCAAUAAUGAUGAUGAUAAAGUAGAAAUAAUUGAUAGUGAAGAUAAAAAGGACAAUGAUGAGGUGGGAAAGCCUGAGUUUGAGACUGCACCUCAUGUUUCAGUUGAUGAAAGUCAAGAGGAUCAUACACAGGCUUUAGAUCCUUUCGAUGCCCUUCUAAAAGACACAACAGACUCUAGUCAAGUGAACGAAACGGGGGAGAAGUCAGAUAUGUCAGUAACAGUCAACUUGGAUGAUGACGAUGAUGAUCACAACGCUGACGGUGAUGAUCAUCAUGCUGAGGGUGAUGUGCAUGAUGAUGAUGAUGAACAUCAUGCAGAUCACCCUAUAGACGAGAGUGGAGUAACAGAAUUGGAGGAAGAGCCCGGUGCUGAUGAGGAAGUGUGCCUCCUGCCGGACAUUGAGAGGGAGAUAUCUGAGGCUGACAAGGCUGAAGCAGAGAAGGCUUUAGCUGAGAAGAGGAAACUGGCUGAAGAAGCAGCAUCAGCAGCAGAGGCGGCUAUACCUAAAGAGGAGAAGGAACCUGAUGCGGAAGUCAGUACCGAGGAGCAAGCUAACUGUGAGGUGCCUGAGGAAGAGCAUGCCGAGACGGAUGUCGCUCAUGAGGAUGCCUCGCAGGAAAAUGGUGGAGACAAAGAAAAUGAAAAUGAACACGACGACUCGGUUGAAGCCGACGAAAAUGUGACGCACAUUAUACAAGAGAUCAGUUCCUUCGAUAGCACGUGCGCUCAGUGUAACAAAGAAGACCAGCCCUGCACCUACCGCGUCUCCAUGAAGGAAAACGAAAUGUCUUACAUCUGCAGCGAAACCUGCGUCAAGGACUUCCAAACAGCUCACCCGGGACAGUACACAAUCACGCACAAAAAAUAUUUAAUAGAAGAAAUACCACCCAAAACCCUGACAUGCUCAGAGUGUGAAGAAAAAAAAAUCUGCUAUUUCUACUACAAUUACGAUGGAGAAGAUACCAACUACUGCUCCAUGACCUGCCUCAACAGCAUGAUGGCCGAUGAAGCGGAAAAGUACGUCUUCAAGAGACGAAGAAUCAUCGUCGACGAAUUGAUGAAUGCUAAGGAAGCUGUAUGUUUCGUUUGUGACGAGCAUAAAAAAUGCGCUUACUCAUUGGCCAGGUAUGGGGAGGUACGCUUUGUUUGCGAAAAUUCGUGUAUAAAGAGUUUAAAUGGCUUAGAAAAUGGUAGGUACUUGAUCAAAAAGAAGCGAAUGCCCAGAAAACAACAGCCCACACAACCGCAAAAUCCUCCAUUAUUGAAAUUAAAAGUUAUUAGCAAUGCCACGGAUAAAUAUUUAGACGAAGCUUACAAAAUACAGGCGAAGACUCCCGCAAUGGUGCAAGCCGCGAGAGAAGAGAGAGAACGGACUUUUAUACGGAAAUGUAACCAAUGUUCGCUUGUACUUGCUUCAGACGAGAAAAUACUGACGUGGGAAACCAUGGACUUCUGUGAUGGAAUGUGUUUAGGCAGAUAUCAGAACAAAAUCGGCGCGAGAUGCGCGAAUUGUAAGAAUGCUGUACAACACACUAGUUUAGGAAAAUAUUGCGUAAGAUUCGGCUUUGAUAUUCGUCAGUUUUGCAAUUGGGCGUGUUUAGAGGAAUUUAAGAAAGGCCUGAAGAUAUGUUGUUAUUGUCAGAGGGAUAUAUCUGUUGGGCACCAAGGUUUUCUGGCUCCUGUUGGUGAUAAAGGGCAGUUUAAAGACUUUUGUUCUCAAGCUUGUAUGGAGAAGUUCGACCAGAUGAGUAAAAACCCGAUACCUCAGCCGGUGUGGGCGAAGUGUGCAGUAUGCUCGUUAGAAAAGGCGACGGCUAUCGAAGUCGAAGUUAGUGAGGAUGCGUCGCAAAGGUUGUGUUCUGAUCCUUGCUUUGCGGCGUUUAAGUUCGUCAACAAUAUUUUUCCUGACCAAUGCCGCUGGUGCAAAAAAUACUUCGAACGCAAACAAAGUAAAUGCUUUACAAUCUAUGAAGGUGCAAACGCCCACUGUUUCUGUUCAAAGUCCUGUAUGAAUGUGUACAUAAGCAACUCAAGGCAUAUAGUUCCGUGUAACUGGUGUAAAGUCAAGAAGUAUAACUUCGAUAUGAUAAGGAAAGUGCAGCCCAAUGGACAGGCUAUCAUGAUGUGCUCGCUCAACUGCUUGAAUCUCUACCAGGUUUCUGUUAAUGCUGUGUCUUCCAGAAGAACAAAAUGUGAUAUGUGCAAACGGUCGUCGUUGGCGCAAUACCAUUUGACGAUGUCCGAUGCAACAGUGAGGAAUUUCUGCUCCUACCAGUGUGUCAUGACAUUCCAGGGUCAAUACUCAAAACACGCACCUCCCUUACUGCCGGGCGAGUCCAUCGACCAGCAGAAAGCUGUUCCUACUGGGGCGCCGCGGCGGACAUACCCUGGGGCAGCUAAAAAUAAUGCGGCGGCGAAAGGCCAGCAGCAACGCGCAGGUGGCAUGCCAGUGAUAUCAAGCGUACAGUCCCUAGCCGCGCCACCGCCUCUCAUGCCUUCCAUGACGCGGCAGAAGUCCAAGCGCUUACAAGUACAACCUACCCCCGAACCCGAGCCCCCAGCCGCCCCCAAAACACCUCCACCUCCCCCUAAACCCCCAACGCCCCCUCCUCCACCUCCCCCAAAAAUAUACAACCACGUUAUCGUCAAAACUUUACCUCCAAGAGAAGUAGCAAACAAGGCAACCAUGUCCAAACCCAUGAUGGUUUCCAAAGGCGUCUCCUGUCGACCUCACCCCUGCACGAAGGAAUGCCAAACAGACCCUAGUUUAGAACGACGAGUACUUAUCCCUGUUCCCGUCCCUAUUUAUGUUCCUGUACCCUGCGCGAUGUGGUCGUUACCCUUCCCAGUACCCGUACCUAUCCCCAUACCUAUACCUACGCCGGUCUUCAUACCUACGACUAGGAAUUCGGCUAAAGGCAUCAUGAAGGAAAUCAAUAAAAUUCAUGAUAAGAUGCCCACGGAUCCGUUUGAAGCUGAAUUGCUGAUGAUGGCAGAAAUGGUGGCCGGGGAUAAGAAGAAGGAUCAAAGCGAUUCUGAUACGGAUGAGGAGAAUGAGGAGACCUUCAGCCCAGUGGCCGGUAUAGACGGCAACAAUGCCUUCGGGGAGGACAUGCUACAGAUGGCACUGAAGAUGGCCACGGAAUAUGAAGACCAGCCGGUGGAUCUGGAGUCAGCUAUGACGGCGAAUACUAUCACUCCUAGCUCACAUCCCGGUAUGCCUGGUCUGGAAGGCGAGAACUUGCACCACCACCACAUGAUGGUGCUGGAGCAGCAGCGCGCCGUGGCCGCCCUGCGCGCGUCCGCCGCGCCGCGCAAGCGAGCCCCCGCGCCGCUCCCCGCCGCCCGCCCGGCCCGCGCCUCCAAGCGCCGCCGCGCCGAGCCGCCGCCCGCGCCGCUGCCCGACCCGCCGCGCGAGCCCGCCGAGAAGCCUGACGCCAACAUGUGUCUCAAGUACACUUUCGGCGUGAACGCGUGGAAGCAGUGGGUGAUGACGAAGAACGCGGAAAUCGAAAAGAGUUCGAUACGACGGAAACCGUUCAAGUCGGAGAUAUUACAACUAACUGCGGAUGAACUUAACUACUCGCUCUGUUUGUUCGUCAAGGAAGUGAGGAAACCUAACGGCAGCGAAUACGCCCCCGAUACUAUUUAUUAUUUGGUUUUAGGUAUACAGCAAUAUCUGUUUGAAAACGGUAGGAUAGACAAUAUAUUUACGGACCCAUAUUACGAGAAAUUCACCGACUGCUUGGACGAGGUCGCGAGGAAGUUCUCAGUUUUAUAUAAUGACUCACAGUACAUAGUGACGCGCGUGGAGGAGGAGCACCUGUGGGAGAGCAAGCAGCUGGGCGCGCACUCGCCGCACGUGCUGCUCUCCACGCUCAUGUUCUUCAACACCAAGCACUUCAACCUCGUCACGGUAGAAGAGCAUAUGCAGCUAUCAUUCUCUCACAUAAUGAAACAUUGGAAGAGGAAUCCCAACCAGCCGGGCCAGGCCAAAAUACCCGGCUCUAGGAAUGUUCUGCUAAGGUUUUAUCCUCCACAAUCUGCGUUAGAAGCAAAUUCAAGAAAGAAGAAAGUAUAUGAACAACAAGAAAACGAGGAGAACCCACUGAGGUGUCCUGUGAAACUAUAUGAAUUCUAUAUUUCCAAAUGCGUGUUGUCCAACAGUCCCGAGUCGGUGCGGACCCGCAACGACGUGUUCUACCUGCAGCCGGAGCGGUCGUGCGUGCCCGACUCGCCCGUGUGGUACUCCACGCAGGCGCUCAGCCGACAGGCGCUCGCCAAGAUGCUGCACCGCGUCAAGAUGGUCAAGGAGAUCAACAUCGCGCUACUCACUAGCUAAGAUUACACAUCGAGUCUGCAAGCGGCUUUGAAACUAAUGCAGCAAUACGAUGCGAAUCACUGGCACGGUCCUACAGCCUUUAUUUACCGGACAUUAGCGGCCGCCGGCCCCCGGUGACGUCACAUGCCGUCACUGCCGCCCAAACGCACCUAACAUUAUCGAAAUCUGUUGUUGUACACGUGGUGACAUGUAUAUUUUUUCUACUUUGUAUAUCAGUCUGCGUAACGGACGGCGAACAUUAAUUUUAAAUAAAUAGUUUAUAUUAGAUUACUUUUUUAUAAUGUUGCAAUGUUUUAGCUAUAAGUUUCUGUGCGGGACUGUUUUAUUCAUGUACAGAUAAUGGUACUAGUGGUAUCGUUAAUACACUAUUGAUUUAUUUAUCACAAUUAUUCAAUUAUAUUAUUUUAACACUAUCUUACGCUGAUGUAGUGGAGAGUCUAAUUCUUUUAUUGGUAUGGUUUAAAAUUUGUAAAUACGCCAAGCGAAUAAGAAUCAUUUUGUAUUCUUUCGAAAGUAAAUGUGUGAUAACAUUCUCAUUAAUGUAAUAAUUGGCAGCCUGAGCUUUAUGUUCCUCAGUGCCAGGAUAAAUGGAAUUAUUAUUGCCCUCGUGUAAUAUUUGAAUAUUAAUAUUAGAUAGAUAUAAGUUAUAAAAUUCCAAGUUUAGUGGCAAGAGCACUCAUGUGUUAUAGUAGUAUUCAUUUUAUAAAUUGGGGAAGCGAUAUAUCUCUCAGAUAGAAAUUUUUAUUGAACAUAAUUAUAGCUUAGCAAAAGAGUCAGAUUCGUAUUAUAUUUUAAGUAUAACGGCGUCAGUUGUAAGGUUUAGGUUUAAUAAAGCUGUGUAAAAAGAAUACUGAUUCUCUAAACAA